AUGCCAGCCAACUGUCAUUCCCAUACGGUUGGAGAGGUGCCCGUUCCUACUCCUUGUUCCUCCCAGAAGCGAGCACUCGCAAUAGACGACGAACUCAACUCCCAGAAGCGAAGACGAUGCGACAAACCCGGUCAUCCCUCCCUCCUUUACAGCCAAUUGGCGAACAACUUCACUCAGGCAGUAGAUUCGGAGACCGAGGCCUCGACGUUCCAAGCUUCGUCAUCUGUUCCUCCCAAAUCUCACUGCAUCCCAUCCCAUGUCCCAGACCUUCAACAGAUUGACGCUGAAGAGGAGGAAUGGACACAAAUCUUUGAUGUGUGUGAGGAGGAAAUCCGCUCUUCUUCGACCAUCUGUGGAAACAAAGUUGGCCGCACACCAAGCAUCGAAAAUCUUGUAACAUACGGAAGUCUCCAAGAUACCGGCCAUGCCGAAGAAAUGGUGUUUGAAGACGACGUGGGCAUGACUGAGGCAGCCAUGCUUCAGCUGAAUUUCUCAGACAUCAUCAUGCCGAUGGAGAACGACGCCAGAUCAAUGCAGAAUUGUGCCACACACGACGCUUUGGAGGCCAUGGAACCGGCUCCCGGUUUUCGUAACCGCUCCCUGCAUCCCGAAGAUGAACUUUUUGCGCUCGAUCCGUCUGAGGAACAGGAUUUGGUACAGCUGCUAGAUCGAACUACUGCUACAACCAGUGCUCUGGGAUCAAGUGCCUCUGAUGGUACAAUCAAUGGAUGGUCUUCUUUGCCCAAUGGACUCAUCUCGAGUGGACCAUGCAUGGGUCCUUCAGUCAAUCACUCUUGGGAGCCAACACCACCGUCAACAAUGGGCUGUGUCAAUGAGGAUGACGGUAUGCGUUGUUGGGCAGAGAUGACAGCUUGCGACAACGACAACGCCAACGCCAACACCAACGCCAGUGACAGUGACAGCGGCAUUGAGGACGACGAUAGCGACUAUGAUGACUAUGAUGAGGAUGGCUUCGAGGCGACUCUUCAGAGAGAGUACCAUCUGGAUAUGCUGGCAAAUGUUGGGUAUUCCCGUGAGGAUUGA